GAAUCCGAAGCCGCACAUGUUUUUCUGUUUCUGCGAGACAUCGUGUGGAACGUCGAUUGCGCAAACAAAAACGAUUUUGACAGUUCGGUGGUGUAGGUGUGUGCGGUGUGUACAAGUUCAAACUUUUUAUUGUGACAGCAUUUUUGACAUGAACUGUAUGAUAAACUGAACGAGUCUGCAAUAAAAGAAUCACUUUUGGUUAUCCUUGAUGCGGUUAAAAAUGAACCAGGAACCCUUAGGGGUGGCUCCCGACUACGUACUGCCACAAUCGCUCACCAGAUGGAGCGAGACGCUGCCUUCCCAACAUCUCACAGACUACAGCACUGUCUGCGAAACGAGACACUCUCCUUAUCCUUUCCCUUGUGAUUCCAAUAUCAAUAAUAGGAUGAUACUAUGGUCUGGUGAUAUUUCUUCUUUACAAGUAGAUGCCAUAGUCAAUUCAACAAACGAAACCAUGACAGAAAGUAAUCCAGUUAGUGAUAGAAUCUAUCAGAGGGCUGGAUCUGGACUAAAAGAAGAAAUCACUUUAGAUAUUAGAGAAUGUGGGACCGGUGAGGUCCGCGUAUCCCAAGGCCAUGCACUGCCAGCUCGAUAUAUUAUUCACACCGUAGGACCCAAGUACAAUAUUAAAUACAAAUCCGCAUCGGAAAACACACUACACACUUGUUACAGGAAUGUUCUUCAGAAGGCCAAAGAAAUGGGUCUUCGUUCAUUAGCGAUUCCUGUGAUAAAUUCUGUCAAAAGAAACUAUCCGCCGGAUGAAGGAGCUCAUAUUGCACUACGUACUGUGCGACGUUUUUUCGAAAAUCACGGCAGUUCGAUAGACACUGUGAUAUUUGUUAUCGAUAAAGUAGAUUUAGGUAUUUACGAAGUUCUAUUACCGUUAUAUUUUCCACGAUCCAAACUGGAGGAAGAAUCAGCAAGGUACCAGUUGCCAUCCGACACGGGUGGCCCUGACGGAGAACCAAUCAUGCCUGACCGACAAAUACGAAUCAUUGACAAUCCACAGCAUGCUUUGCACCACGAAGAAGAAUCAGUAGAUCUGUCUGUGCAGUUGGAAACUUCCAUUAACGUCGGCGACCAUGUCUUCAGCCAAAUGCAAGGCGACUUGGAUCAGCAGAGAUUGUUGGGAGAGCGACCGUUCAAUGACCCUUUGGCAGAUAUUAUGGUUAAGGAAAUACAGCACCAAGAAAGAUACGAGCGACUUCUUAGACGUGCCAAAUCAGAGGACUUGACGGAAGUAUCAGGAAUUGGGUGUUUGUAUCAAAGUGGAGUCGAUAGGCUCGGUAGACCCGUGGUCGUUUUUAUAGGAAAAUGGUUCCCUUUCAACAAAAUCAACCUAGAUAAGGCAUUGUUAUACCUGAUUACACUACUGGAUCCAAUCGUGAAGGGAGACUAUGUCAUAGCUUAUUUUCAUACUUUGACAUCAAGCAACAAUUAUCCAUCAUUUUCGUGGCUAAAAGAAGUUUACAACAUUUUACCGUAUAAGUACAAAAAGAAUCUGAAGGCGUUUUAUGUUGUUCAUCCAACGUUUUGGACUAAGAUGAUGACGUGGUGGUUUACCACUUUCAUGGCACCAGCAAUAAAACAAAAGGUUAACAGCUUACCAGGAGUUGAAUACCUCUAUGCCGUAAUGUCUCCAGACCAGCUAGAGAUACCUGCAUUUAUUACCGAGUAUGACAUGACUAUCAAUGGUAUCAGAUACUUCCAGCCCGUGACAACAUAACUGUGGGUCUAACGGCCCUACCAAAGCAAAAAGUCUAGUAUUAACCAUUUCCUCCCAGGUGAUAAGUCGCAAUAUAUUUUUCAACUAGUGCUAAAGAAAUAAGUUGUGUGUGCCAACUAAGAAAACAUAUUUUAGAACAAUUAAGUGUUGAGCGCAUCAAAUCAUUGUUCAGCAGAGUAGUAUAGAACUUUCCAUGUCAUUAUAUGUACGUAAGUGUUAUCAGGCACUACCUGUAGUAAUCUAGACAGUACUUGUGAUAUAGAAAGUCUAUGCUGCUCGAAAAUUAUGGCUUUGUUAAUUUUUGUGAGAAAAAUAAUCAAAGCUAUAUUCAGUAGCAUAUAAUCUAUGUCUAUCUAAAAAUAUGAACAGAUUCUUCUUCAGUUCCAAAGAAACGGUAUAUUCUUCUGAAGCUGAAGUCUGUCAUGUAUUUUUGAUAAUCUUUUACUGUGUGUUUUAUUUUACAGGAUCACUUCUUCUUGCAUAAAGAGACAGGGCUAGUUUUUUAUCAUUUAUGACAAGUAUCUGUAGUAACAGAAGAAUAAAUAUGAAAUACUCCCUAGUUAGUUACAUGUGCAGGUUUUGCAUCUUUUAUUAUUUGACACAGAUUUUUAUCUAGACGCAUCAAGUUCCAUUAAUAAAUUUGUAAAUAGUAUAUCGUAAUACAUUGAACUAAGCAAUGUUUAACAACAAACAAUGAACUUAAUGAACUUGCAAACAUCCAAAAAAACAUACAAUAGGCACAUGAGAAUAUUUAGUUAAAUACAAAGAACGCAAAAUUUAUUGUUUAGUUAAUCCACUCGAUUUAAACAUGUUUAAAAUAGAGACAACAAUCUGUCUCUUUUAAAUGCGGCUCUAAACAAAGAUGUUGAAACAAGGCCGGUCCAGUCUCUGAUAUUUUUAAGCCAUGAAAUCUGGCGCCCACCGGUACCACAAACAGUGCCAAUAUGUAUGACCAUAUGGUGAGGUACUAUAGUAUAUUAAAAAUGACGUGUGCUUUCUUUGCAGUCUUUCAAAUGAGUGCAAUACUUUGAACUUUGCUACUAUCGUCAUAAAUUAUACAAAUUGCAACUAUAAUAUUAUGACCUUAUUUUUAUAAUAAAUAAAUUAGGAAAAUUCCGUGAGCGUUGUCGUGUACCAUCAGAGAUUGUUGAACCAGCAGCCAAAAUAUUUGUAUUGGAGUUCAUAUUCAAGCUGUUGGUGGUUCACAUAAUAUAUUGGGAUGGAUAAAUUUUUGUUCUUUCAUAUUUUCAUAACUUUGGUUGUGACAGUAUUGAUCUCCAUUCCCAUUUUUUCACAACUCUCAGUGACCUUAUUUACGGUGACUGUAGAGUUAGAACUGACAAAUAAAUAAUGUUUAUUGCAAUUUUAUUAAUGGAACGAUGAAUCCUUAAUACGGAAAUAACUACAAACUGCACUUCUAUGACAAAAUAAUUAACAAAGACGUAUUUUUAAAAAUAUUUUUUAAGACACAAUUAUUUUUAUAAGUAUCAAUAUCAUCUAAUGCAUUUUAUAGGGUUUUUCAUCGCCGCCAUGUUUUUUAUACACUUAUGAUCUAUGACGUAGGUAUAAUAUACGUCACACGUCAUUGGUGUUAAUCAACAAUGGCUAAGAACGUAGUAUCUCUUCAAUUAAAUGAAUUAUUAGAAGACAUUGUUGAUCCUCCUUCAGUUAUUUAUAAUUCAGUUUGAAGUCCAUAAUUGUAUGUAAUUAAAAAGAUCAACUAUUUCUUCCAAUAAUUCAUAUAAUUGUGGAGAUACUACGUUCUCAGCCAUUGUUGACUAAAAGCAAUGACGUAUGACGUAUAUAUUAUAUGUCAUAGAUCAUGUAUACGAAAAACAUGGCGGCGAUGAAAUAUUACAGAAAUACUAUUACAGAAAUAUAGUUUAUAGUGAUAUACAUAAAUAAGACAAACAGUAAAACUCCUACCUCAUACCUGGGAUUGUCACCAGAGAUUUCAGCCUUGAAGACCAUCCUAGUGUGUGGUACAUAAAUGCUUAAAAGUGUAUAAUACCGUUAAGUUUGAAAAAACUAUUUAAAAAAAAACUAUCAAGUCUUAUGGGCGUUUUUAAUGAAUUGUUGAAAAUUUUUGAUUUAUCAAAAAAAGAAAAAAAUCGCGUAGGAUUAGUAUAUAUCUAUUCUCGUCUCUGUUUUUGAGACGAUGUUGUAUUUCUUGUGCUAAAAUAGUUUAUACUAAUUUUAAUACUAUUAUCAUUGCGUUCAUAUUGUGUUCCACCGACUAUUUCUACUUAUUCAUCUUGAUUUUCAAGAAAUCCCACACUUAAUCAUGAUAGAUUACUGGGACAUACGGAAGUACGUACCUAAUAUUUUUCUGUUUGGUAUUUGAUGCUGGUCAUAAUUAUGCCAGAUCGCUCUUCAUUUGUGAGACCUUCAGGCACUUAAACCUCCGAAGUCGGGUCCAUUAUAUCACUCCUAUCAUUCGGACUAGACCUGUAGGCGAGCGGCAGCAACCCCUCUAAAGUUACGUUAUACCGUUGAUUGAAUACACGGUUGAAGGAAUUUGAUUGGAAAUAGCUGGUACAGCAUAAAAUAUGGAAGAAACAUUAAAAUUAUUAACUCUGGAACAUAUUGUAAUUUGACAUAUUUUUGGUAAUAUUUGAUAUUGUUUGAUUUAUACCACUAAUGGCUAGGUUAGUAGGACUCGCAGAUAUAUUAAAUUUUUUACAAAAACUUUCUUUUAUUAAGUUUGUUUGAGCACCAUUGUCCAAAAUUGCUCUACAUGGAAUUAAUUCAUUAUUAUUGGAUUUAACAUUAAAAAUCGCUGUUGACAAAAGAACUUGGGUAUGUUUAAAAUUAAUUGCUUGUGCAGAAAGCUGAUGUGUUACCGUUGGUGGCAAGUCAACAUUUUGUACACAAUUAAUUGAUGAUGGCUCUGUUGAUGGCGAAUUAGCAGUGGCAGUUGAAUGUUGUUGACUAUUUUCAAAAUGGAUUAAUGAGAUGUUUUGAUCUACAUUUUAUACAUGGUCUUAAAGUACAUUCUCGUGCUUUAUGUCCAUGUCUCAAACAAUUAUGACAAUCCGUGUAUUCAACGGUUAUACCGACCACGAAAAUCAACUUUAAGGUAAAAGACCAAUUUUGGGGGUUCUUUAUGUUUUAAAGGUCGUUGAACCUGAAUAUGAAGUUUUUUUUUAUCUAGAAUUGGUGGAACAUGUUUAAAAAUCAAAUUUUAUGCAAAAAUGCGAAAAAUUAAUUUUGAUGAUUUUUCAACUUUACCUCCCUCAUAUUCAGAUUCAGCGACCUCGAAAAUAUAAAGAAUGACCAAAAUUUGCUAUUCACCUAUCAUGGUCGCUUUCUCGAUUUCUAAGCCUCAAAUUAUUCUUCGAUUAGUCUUCGAUCUUUCUUUAGCACAGCCUAUUCCGGACGCUAUAUCUGCUAGAAUCAACAGGGACUCCAAAACUAAGCUAUAGCUGACGUUUCGAACGUGUCAUCCUGCUGUAAAUUCGUGGAAUCACUGAAAGCCUUGAGUCUCUUUAGAGAUAACUCUCUCAUUUGGCUCGAUUUCAAAAAAGCACAAUCCAGGAUCGACCACCUCCGAUAGGUCAAUCUUGGGCACUUCCAGAGAACAUGUGAGGAGGUUUCCUCCUCAUCAUCACAUAGACAGCAUUGGGCCAUCCGCCAAUUCUAAUAAAUGUAGAUGCCACCUCAGUUUACAGUGGCCAGUAAGCAUAUAGACAACCAGUUAACAUUUCCUUGAGUUUAGAUGGGGAAGUUGUGCUAUAAGACUUUUGGGCACUUCAAGCAAUGGUUCGGGUACCAGAGAUAAAGUGAAUAAGCCCCAUCUUACCAGGGCUUAGGUUCAUUCGUUCCCUUCCACACCGGAGUGUCCCUUCUUCUUCUUUAAUCAGGCGAGACUCCUUAGCCUCUGAUACUUGGUCGAAGGCCUUUGUAUCAUACCUUGUUUUUCCUUAAAAUCUAAUAAAUUCUGUUGCCUCAACGAAAGCCAACAGUUUUCUUUUUGAUAGUCUCUGAUGAUCUCUUCUGGUUCAAACCUUAGUUGACCUGCCUUACAUCAAUUUUGCAAUGGCAUAGUAUGUGUAUGGCAAGUCUCUUCUUCCAUUUGCACUUUCUGCACCAUGGUUCAUUCACCUUACCUAGUUCGUAUAGGUGGUGUCUUAAACAGCAAUGUUCUGUCACCAUUUCAGUAAACCGUUCAAUCAGUGUUUUCUGAAGCUUUUUUUUCUACUUGUUAGCAUCUUUAGUGAUGCCACAGAAAGGCUCUGGGCCUUCAAAGGUUUCUCUUGAGCCUUGUUUUGCCAACAUAUCUGCUCGUUCAUUCCCUUUCGCCCCUUUAUGACACGGCACCCAUAUUAAAGACACUUAGGUUGUCUUUUGCCAAAAAUAUCUUUGCAGUUCCUCACCAGUUUUGAUUUCGUGAGUGUCCCUUAUUGCUCAGUGAAACAUCAUCCAGUGCUCUCUUGUUCUUCUCAUGAACCAGAUUAGAGCUAACUUGGGUGCUCCCAGCCUUUAGAGCCCUAGAGUUGCUUCACGGUCAGAUCAGAAGCAUUUGAUGUUAGUCGUUUUUUCUGAAAAUAAGUUUCAAAUUUGAUUUUUUGCAACACAGAGUCUUUUUCUUAGAUUUAACAAAAUAGUAUGGGGCUGCAUGAAACGUUAGGUUAAAAAAAAUACGUGAUAUUAUAAAUAUAAUAAUCUCAUACUAUCAUGUAUGCGGGGAAGUCAGUAAAUCAUUGACACUUGGACAUUUUCUCAAAUUGUCAAUCUGCAGAGUUGCUGUGGGUAUCUUCACUAAUCGGUCCUUAACUAUAAGGAGAAAAUAAUGCCAAACAGAAAAGUUAAGUACUGUGUAAGCAAUAAUGCUUUGCUUUGGCGCUAUUGCUUUUCUACUCUCAUAUAUUUACAAACUUAAAAUCAAAUCUAUCAGUCGGUGUGGCAUUUUCAUAUUUUAUCAUUGUAUCAGAUCUCACCUUGUUUUUAAAUAUCUUGUGUUUAGUGAUUUAUACUUUAAUUCUAAGUUUAUUACUAUGAUAAUUUUAACUCUAGUAUGUAGUACAUAACCAUUGUAAGCAUUUUACAGAAAUCAGCAACCUAACCUAUUAUUAUGUACCGAACUGAGUGUAUAAUUUUAAAGUUGUCAAAUGUCAAACUUAAACGAUAGUAAUGAUAAUAUACUGAAGAUUUUAACUUUUAAAUUGAAAAUAUUUAAAUCUGAACAUUAAUUUUGAGAGUUCUUAACAGCAGUAAUAAUUUUUAAAAGCAGAAAACUAAAGACGUUUAUCAUUUUCAAAACAAAUUGCAAAAGAGAAUAAAACUAGCACCACACAAAACGAUGCCUUAAUAUUGUUUUAACAACCUUCUUCUUCUCUAGAUGCCGUCCCCAUAUAUUUCGUCUUGCUUAUGUUGAGCGAUAAUCCAUAUUAUUCACUUCCUGCCGUCACUUCAUUAAGCAGUAUCUGUAGGUCUUCAUGUGAUUCGGCUAAAAGAACUGUCAUCUGCUUAUCUCAAAUUAUUUAUGAGCAUGCGGUUAAUUCUAAUGCCUACGUUUUGUUCAUCCAUUGCCUUACUUAAUAUGUCUUCCGAGUAUAUAUUAAAUAAUAUUGGUAAAAGUAUACACCCUUGUCGAACACCUCUUUGUAUUUACAUUUCUUUCUAUUUUAACAACCAAGAUAAUACAAAAAAAUGCUCAAGAUCCAAACGAAUUUGUUUUGUUAAAAGAAAGUAAUUAAUUGAUCUUAUUUUUGUGGUGAUUUUUAGUCAGUUAUUUAUGAUUAUUUUGAUAAUAUUGUGAAUAAUAUAUAUUUUGCACAGUUUAAUUGAAACGAUACAAAUACAUAUGGAAUUAAAAUAAUUAAGAUCACACCAAAAAAUCAUUAGGAACCCUGAUUCUGUAAGAUGCUUUGAUUUCCUUGUAUCAAUCCUCAAAUCUAUGACAUUCCUAAGAGUGCUAUCGAUAGUCACAUAUAUUUUUUGCAUACUAAAUCUAUUAUAUUUAAUUUAUAGUGCACUAUUUUUCCAAAAAUCAUAGUUAUAAGUAAACAAAAUCAACUUUUUAGAUGUCCGUAAAGCCGGACGACCAUUCGGUAACAUUAACGUUGUUGCUGAUUGUAAGUCUAGUAAGUUAGUAGUCUUAUGAAGGGUAUCUCAGUAUAAUAUGAACAUUAGUGUUUCUCUGUACGCAGCUAACAACCAUAAAGGAAGACGCCAUACAAGGUAUUUUCUUUUGUAUGAAGGAAAUGAGAAUAUAGUAUGUCAAAGUGUGUAAAUAAUUUAUUUCCUUAGCUGAGCGCUUUCGACAUAAACGUCAUCAUCGGAGCUAAUGCUACAAUAAGAAAAGGAAAUCUUUACAGUAAGAAAAAGAAGUAAAAAACUCUUUUUUUACUUGCAUCAAUCAGUAAAAAAGUACCGCUACAUUGAGGUUUAAGCAAGAGCAUCUUAAGAGUAUAAAUAUGAGUUUUCAUUAAAACUGCUAAGUACUUUGUCCUCCGUACAACCCCAAACAGCAAAAAACAGAAAAAACGGCCACAUACACGUUAAACAAACACAUAAAAAAUUUUUAUCAUGGUAUAGGUGUAGGUAUCACCCAUCCAUUUUGGCCUAGUAGAGACAGCAUGGAGACAGCUGAAUGACAAAGUUGGAUAUUCAAACCUGCUUUUAUCUGUUUCGUGUUGACGUUUGACAGCUAACAUUAAAUUAUACCUAUACCAUGAUAAUAGUUAUUUAUGUACCAAGUCAGUAAAGUGACUCUUUAUCGAACGAGUCUGAUAUUACGAGAAUAGCGAGCGUAGCGAGCGAGGUGAGUAACAGACGAGUUCGAUAAGGAGUCUUUACUGACGUGGGGCAUACAAAAUUUUAUCGCCAACAUAUAUUUUUUAAAUUUAAUGUCGUCCGAACCACUGGGGUUAUAAACGACAACAAUUGAAAAUACAUAUUAAAAAUAAAAAGAGAUUGUAAUAUUAAGUAAAUACAUAUGUACUAACAAAAAGUAUACCUGAAAAAUUUGUGAUACAAUUAAAUGUCUUUUAUUCCUAUUUCCGUUAAAAACUAUAUGAUAUUGUUGAUAUUUGUAUUGUCUCUAAGAAGCUCAGAUAUGUCCCUGGGAAGUUGAGUUUACUUCUCGUUUGCUGGUAUAUUUGACAAUCGGUUAAGAUAUGUUUUAUUGAUAUAAAAUAAUAUUUGCCAACAUAAUUUGAUAUUGGUUUUAACACUGACUUGCAAUUUACAAUUUAAGAACUUUUUAAAUUUUAGACGUCAUAAUAAUUUCAUGACAGUGAUGACAGAUAACUUACAAGAUGGCCGCUUUCGACUUUUUAUCGAUAGUUAUCAAUAUUGAAUAAUUACUAAAUCGGUAAAGUUUUAAUUUGUUUUAUAUGAAUAUAAUUACAAAAUACUACAGAAUUUCACUUUUUGACAUAAAUUUAAUUGAUAAUAUCGCAAAUUGCGUACAAUAUUUUUAAUAAUUAAAGUAAAUAAAUUGUAAGUCCACUCAAAUACUCGCCAUUCGAUUACUGUCAUCGACCACUUACAUUCAAUCUCGGUCAAUUUGAUUAAUCGCGGCAGGUAAAGUAAAAUUCUUCUUUCAGUAUAAUAAAGUGUUACUUUACUGCCGCAAAUGAGGGCAAAUGAGUACAAUAAUGAAUGACUUUAGUGACGAUUGGCGAUAAAAAUUUUUUAUGUGUUUGUGUAACGUGUAUGUUUUUCUGUAUUUUGCUGUUUGGGGUUGUACGGAGGACAAAAUACUUAGCAGUUUUAAUGAAAAUUCAUAUUUAUACUCUUAAGAUGCUCUUGCUUAAACCUCAAUGUAGCGGUACUUUUUUACUAAUUGACGUAAGUAAAAAAAGAGUUUUGUACUUCUUUUUCUUACAAGAUUUCUUUUUUUAUUGUAGCAUUAGCUUUGAUGAUAACGUGUAUGUCGAAAGCACUAAGCUAAAGAAAUAAAUUAUUUACACACUUUGACAUACUAUAUUUUUCUUCCCUUCAUUCAUUCAACUUAUCAGUCAUUCAACUAUUUUCUUUUGUAUUUCGUUGAUGACUUUUUUACUUUAGAGGUGAAUAGCCUCUAAAUGAAUGAACAUAUCGCACCCCGACUUCAUUAGUGCCAUAACCAUGAAAUCGCACAUUUUUCAGGAGAGCAAAAGCAAGACGUAAUGUGAACUCUUCAUUUUUUUUCUGUAACUUCCUUAUCUAAGGGCCGGUUGUUCGAACGUUAAUCAAAAAUGAUCAUUAUCAAAUAUUUAAUUACUGUCACAACUGUCAAUGUCAACUUUGAUUUUAUUGCUGAAAACAUAAUUAUUGAGUACAAUUAUGAAAUUAGUUAAUCAAUUAUGUUAAUAAUUGUUUUUAAUUAAUUAACUAAUCUCAUAAUUAUAAUCAAUUAUGUUUUCAGCAACCCAACCAAAGUUGACAUUGACAGUUGUGACAGUAAUUAAAUAUUUGAUAGUGAUCAUUGUUGAUUAGCGUUCGAACAACCGGCCCUUAGUUAACCAAAUUCUGCACUCGUGUUGAUUAUGUGUCAAUCUAAUGCCAAUAUUUAUUUUUAGUUGACACCCUGAAAUUCACCGUUGAAUUAUAAUAAGGCGCUAUUGUCAAGGGCACCUAUAUUCAAAAUUCAAGGAUUAAGGCGUAUCAACCUGUCAUGUCACAGGGUAUGGCACCAGAGAAGUUUUACUUGAGUAAAUUUCUUAGCUAACAAAUGCAGUAACACAAAUGUUAGGGUAAUAUUUAAAAAUUAACAGUACUUAUGACACAUCCACUCUCGACCACAGCAUAACGCAAGCUACCUUGUGGCGCUUUUGCUAAUGCUGACAGAGACAAAACCUGAAAUGGUAAUAACGAUAUAGGCGCACUAUGCAGAUUCUAAGAUAACUAAAUUAUAUGACAUUGUUCCACAAUGAAAGUAACGCCUAAUGGAACAUGUUAGGCAAAAAAAAAACAGAUUUUUUAGGGUUAUGGCACUAUUGAAGUCGGGAUACAAUAUACUAACAAAAAGGAUACUGAAAUUUAUAAUUUACAAUUUUUCUUAAGUAAAAUAUGGUACAUUUAGGUAGAGGAUAUACUUCGACUUUUGACACCAUUUGGCAUUUGACAUAGACGUUUAAUCUUCUCUUGUCACAUAUAUCCGUCACAGAUAGUACUUGGAAACAUGACAAACGUGAAAAGAUGUUUCUACUUAUUAUUUGUGAUAAUUCUGAGACUGUAGACCAGGCUAGGUAUAUGCCGCUUAAUGCAUUGGGGUGUAACGCCAAUAUCAAGUACGGUGGUCUAGCUAUCUUUGUCUGUCGUACGAGUGUGAGCGUAUCUACCAAGAGGUGGGAGUAAUGGAACGACACGGACACAGAGGCAGCGGCCAUCAUAUGCUAGAAAGAGAAAGCUAAGCGCAAUUAGAGAGAGAAAGAUAACUGCUGCCGAUGAACUGCUUCGCGUUAAGCUAGUUUUCGUAUCUUAUCGAAUCUAUGUAUUAUUCUCUAUGAUCUAUGUCUGAGACACGUCUUGAUAGAUAAAAACGUCAACGUCAAACGUCAGCCUGUUGACAUUUGUCGCUGUCAAUAAUCUUAGUUUCUUGAAUCCACAUAACUUAACAAAUGUGUACCAUUGCGCACAUCCAAAAUCUAGACCGAGAAAUAAAUAGAUAUACAAUAUAUAAAAUAGACAAAUUAAGGAAUUUGAUUCAAUUAGUGAUUUCUACUAUAUCGUCUUCUUCUUUUCAUCAUUACCAUAUGAGUGUUUUGAAGUUUCAACAGUUUCGCUUAGUGAAGCACUAUUGUUCGUUUUAUUAUACUGUCGGAUUAUCUUGUUUUCGGUUUUUAACAUAGUUGCCUAUAUAGUAAAUCGUUAAAAAAUGUAUGUUACAUGCAAAAUAUUUCUAUUAAUAUUAUUUUUUUAAUAUGUUACGAUUGUAAUAAAUUAGCGACUGUUAAAUGUGUUUUGAUUUUAUAUACAAGUUGUAAUUCAAUAAUAAUAAAUUAUGACGGUUAUUAAUUGAAAUCACGUACAGGGUGUACAAAAUUGAAGAAUUUAAACUUUAAGUAUAAUAAUAGUAAAUAAAGUCAAGCUCUUUUUUUGUAGUUGCUCUUUUGCUGUUUUCUUUAUAUUCUGUGUGAUCAUCUUAAUUCAAAAAGUGUAUUUCGAGAUACCUCAACUAUACGUUGUAACCUCCAACGCUUGUGGACCAUCUUCUCCUUCUUCUACCGGUACCUAUGAUAUAGUGAUGUUAGCGACCACAUUGACUUAUCUUAUUCGAUUCUAUAACUCGAAAUUCUAUAGCUCGAAAUAAAUCAUUUGAUGUUAGACCAUCAAUCCAGUUGCCGUCAAUCAUGCAGUGUUAGACCAGUUGCCAUCAAUCUUGCCUUGUAUAAUCAACUGUAGAAGUCGGUAUUUACUAUUACGCAUAGUGUGGCCGAAAUAAGCCAAUUUCUGUGCUUUACGGUGUUAAUAAUAGCUUUAUCUUUUCUUAGCCUCUGGAGAAGAGUUACGUUAGUUGUUUUGUGUUUAUAUGAGACACUUAUCAUGACGGUAGCAUCAUAUUUCACAUGUCUCUAAUCGUUUUAUGAUAUCUACUGCAAAACUCCAGUUUUCUACUCCGUAUAGGACAAAGAAUACAUAUCUACCACUAGGUAGGUAGGUAUUCUUUGUAUAGGAGGAUACUAAGACGUAACAUCUAAGAAUUCUGAUGUGUAUAUUGAUACUUAAUCUUGAUGAUGUGGUAGAUAUGUAUUCUUUGAUUAAGGAUUCAGAACUUCAACUUACAUAGAAUCUUCCGAAGGCCGUUACAAAACACCUGUGUUUUUAUUUCGUAGCUAUGAUCCCAGCUAUCCCUAAUAUUGCAGCCCAAUUCCAGCCAAAAUAGCUUAUUUUAUUAGUGUUUUUAUUAAGGAUCAUUAUUUUUGUCUUCUUACAACUUAGUUUUAGGCCUUAUUGGUUCCAUGUUUCUACAACCAUCAUCAUUUGGAGCCGCUGUGCACUAUCUGCCAGCAAUACUGUAUCAUCUGCAUAUAUAAUACUGUUUAUAAGUGGGCCAUUUAUUGCAAUACCUUCUUCUGAUUCAUCCAAGGUUUCUCUAAAGAUGUCAAAGAGGUUGGUGGCAGUAUGCAAUGCUGUCUAACCUCUGUGAAGAUCUCGGACAGUUCAUUUUCAAAUCACGCUGUUGCUUUUUAUUGUUGUUGAGAUCAGUCUUCUGUUGUUGCCAUCGAGUCUUGAUGGUUGGGAUUAGUUUCUCAUGUGGUACUUUGUCAAAUACCUUCUAGAAAUCAAUAAAACAUGCAUACACGUCCCUGGCUCUUUGUAUUAGAACUUGCAAACUGAAAAGUGCUUCCCUCGUUCCGAGACCUGUUCUGAAUCCAAAUUGAGUUUCACUUAGGUGUUCUUCCAAUUUGGUGUAUAUAUGCGCGAGCGAAUUAUAGUUUAUAGUAAGAGUAAUUUAAUUGCUCUCCAAACUAAAUAAUCUAUGUUCUUCACAUUUCCUAGCGUUGGUCUUGUGGAGCAUGAGUCUGAUCAAUCACUUUGUAACGAUAUGGUCCCAACGGCAAGCGAUGAGCUGAUUUACCAGAGACGACCGGAGGAGCAUCCGUGUUGGUGCAGAGCACCGCUGGGGGAAAUCGAAGGAGUAGUGGCAGCGAGAGCAUAUUUAAGGCGAGCCAGGAGAACAGUCGUUGCUAGCGUGUUGAACUAGCAAUGGCUCGACAGCUGGUGCUAGCGUGUUGAACUAGCACUAGCUGGAUGGGCAAAGAUCUUGGUCUAUCUUCACACGUCGUUCAGCCACCUUGGUCGCGAUAUUCGUCAACUUGAGUUUGUAAGCCAUCUUCAGCAUCCUUCGGCAAACAUACGUUAAAUAUGUCCUGAAUUCCACAGUCUCGUCUUCUACGCUUUCGCUAUGAUGGUUGAAAAGACGGCAUUGUAUUUUUUGUUCUUCGUAUUGCAUUUUCUAAAAUGUUUCUAGAUAUGUGCAUUAUUAUUCUUUUACUUCUUGGAGAUCUUUCGACCUGUUUAAUUCUGAAGCUGCCUCUGGUUAAUUUGCGAGGUAGCGAGGUAGAUUGUUGCGAGGUAGAUUGCCAACUACCCCUCCAUCUUUUAGGUGGUCUUCCGGGGGGUCUUGAACAGGGCGGGUUGUUUUCUAGGGCAAUUUUUGGGAGUCUAUUAUCAUCCAUUCGUCUUACAUAGUUGUACCACAUCCUCUUGCGCUGCCUUCCCCAUCUUACAAAAUCUUGAAUUUUGCAUUGCUCUCUAAUGCUUGUAUUUCUCACCCGGUCUCUUCUUGUUUUCCCCACUAUUGUUCUUAGGGUUUUCAUUUCGGCAAACCUUAGCAUAUAUUUCGUUUUGUUGGUGUCUUCGCACACUUCUGUGCCAUAUGUCAUGAUCGGUCGUAUACAAGUCGCGUAGAUUCUAAUUUUACUAUCUGUGCGCAUAUACGGAUUUGACUAGACUAUCUCCCGCAGACAUCCUUACAUAGGGCUUUUCAUUAGCAGUCAUUUGUUUCGAGCUUCUGUCAUAUGUCGUAUAAUCCGUGUAUAUUAAUAUUACACAGAUUAUACGACAUAUGACAGAAGCUCAAAACAAAUGACAAUCGAUGAAAAGCCCUAUUGCAGAUGCUUUGUUGACUCCUCAGGUCCUUUACCUGGGUCGUAGAUGCUUAAUGUAUCUAUGCCCAGAUAUCUGAAUUGCAUUACAUAUGUUCUAUGGGGUUGUUCUCAACCACAUACGAGCAUUGUUAUUAAAUAUAAUUUUAAUUUAAAAAAAAUCUAAAUUUUAGUCUGCUGAUUGUCGGUUGAGCAUCAUUACCUGAUUUAUAUUUCAGAGUCACCUGAAAAAUCUACAUAGGUAUAUAUUAUAUUUUCUAAAAUGAGGCACAAGCGAAAUAUUUUACAGUUCAAAUAUAUUUUGUCACAAAAUCAAUAAUUCUGAUUUCAAUUGUAAAUUUUGCACACUCUGUACAAAAAUAAGUUGAUUUAAACCACAAAAUAUACAAUUUGCUAUUGCAAAUAAAGUGAAUUCACAAACA